UUUCAAUCUAUACAAGCUUUUGCUUCUUCUUUUCCAAGUCUCAUAACUUGUAAUUUCUAUUUGUGAUCUAAAAUGGCAAAUGGAGAUUCAAUCUCAAUUGAAGUUCAAGAGGCUAAAGCAGCUGCUAAGCUAGAGAAAGUACCAAUGUUAGCUUAUCAAAAGAAUGAGAAGAAAGGAUGGAAGAGAGGCAUUGCCAUAACCGAUUUUGUUCUGAGGCUCGGCGCCUUAGCAGCUGCUCUAGGCGCAGCCACCACCAUGGGGAUGAGCGAUGAAACUCUUCCUUUCUUCACUCAAUUCUUCCAGUUUGAAGCAAGUUAUGAUGACAUGCCUGCCUUUAUGUUUUUUGUGAUUGCAAUGGCAUUAGUAGGAGGCUACCUAGUCUUGUCUCUUCCUUUCUCAAUUGUAACCAUUGUUAGACCCCAUGCUGUUGGACCAAGGCUUUUGUUAAUUAUUACAGACACAUUGGCACUUACUUUGAGCGCUUCCGCUGGCGCUGCAGCCACCGCCAUAGUUUACUUGGCUCACAACGGCAAUGCUAGCGCGAACUGGCUGGCGGUCUGCAAUCAGUUCACCGAUUUCUGCCAGGGAGUCAGUGGCGCUGUUGUGUCCUCCUUUGUUGCGGUUGCUUUCAUAAUGAUCUUGGUUGUGCUUUCUGCUUGUGCCCUCCGGAGAACUUGAUAAGCUGCAAGAACUAUUACUGUUCUCUUAAAGUUUUAAAGAAUUUGAUCUUUGUUUGUGGUUUUUUUUUUCUUUUCUUUUGUGAUUGGAUUAAGCACCUUAUUGUGCUGGCUAGGUUGAUAGAAAAAAGCAAGUAUCAAUCUGCAAUUGUUUGGACAUUGUAUUGAAAAUUAUUGUUAAAUUUAUGUAUAAAAGAAAUCUUAGUUUGUGUACUUGAAAAGAUUCCACUUUGAUCUCAUUUUGGAUUUGCAUGAAGAUGGUAAAGCAAUAUUAGC